UGAAGUCAGCUGUUUCAACCCAGAUUCUCCAGGGCUGUUUCACCCACUCCCAAAAUACGGCUUUGCUGGGCACGCAUUGCAACACCAGCAGCAGCAGCAGCAGCACUAAAGCGCUUAUAAAUAGAGGGCAAGCAGCUGCCUGGAACUUCAGAGAAGUUUCGCGACUCUUACGAAAGAGGUUUAUUUAAGCUCCUGUGUGAGGAGCAGUAGAGGGAGUUUUUAAUCGGGAAACCACAGCAGCCAGGUGCAUUUGCUUUUAAACCUUGCGGCCAAAGGAUUGCUUGCCUCCUCUCCGGAAUUCAAAAGCAAACAGCAGCUCACCUGCUUGGAUUUCUCUGCAAGUCAGCGUCGAAGAGUCUGUGACUCCUCUCGGCUCAGACUCAGAAGAAGCUUGUCAUGGGUGACAGCCAGAUCCCCUUCUCAUGCCAUUAUCCCGGCCGGCACCGGACCCUUCGAGACACGUUCCGGGAACCCAGCUUGUCUUCGCGGCUUCUGGACGAUGACUUUGGCCUGCCCUCCUUUCCCACAGGCCUGACCUCAGACUGGCCGGACUGGGCCCGCUCCCGACUGGGUCCAGCGUGGCCAGGGUCGCUGAGGUCCCGGACCACCGGCCUAUCCCCGCCAGGAUAUGGCCCCAGAUUUGGGGAGUACACAGAAGGUCCGGCCUUUGGGGGCAGCCCUCCGCCCUUUUCCGGGGAGCCGUGGAAAGUGUGUGUCAAUGUGCAGAGCUUUAAACCUGAGGAGCUGACAGUGAAAACCAAGGACGGUUAUGUGGAAGUCUCAGGUAAACAUGAAGAACAACAGAUGGAAGGCGGAAUUGUAUCCAAAAACUUUACCAAGAAAAUCCAGCUUCCUGGAGAAGUGGAUCCCGUCACAGUUUUUGCAUCCUUGUCACCAGAGGGGCUGCUGAUCAUCGAGGCUCCUCAAAUACCUCCUUACAUCCAGUAUGGAGACGGCAGCUAUGGUAAUGAAAUACCUCUGGAGAACCAAGAAGCAACUUGCGCCUGAAGGAUGGCCCAUCUAGAAGUUCCCAGCUCCCUUCAUCCCUACGCCCUGUUUCUCGCUCUACAUGCAAUUGCCACUUGAUGUUGUACAUUUUUUUUUCUUAUAAAGAGCAUUCUUUCCUCCUCAAAACAUUCUGCUGCUUCCUCCCAGUAUUCCAAUCAGAUCAGUGUGUGGCUUUCGUAUCAGUAGCCUUUUAAAAUCACAUGACCCAGGUCCUUGCCAUGAGCAGGGAAUCUUUACUUUCCAGCCCAAGGGCCACAUUCCCCUCUACUAGGCAGCCACAUGUCAGUGUUAGGCGGGGCAAGAAAUGCAAAUUUUACCCUUGUGUGGCCAGAUAGUUUCUACACACAUAGGCACGCAAACACCCCUCCCCUCCCCUCCCUCCAUCUAGACAAGCAAAAUGGCAUUAUCGGGGUUCAAGGGCACUUUUCAACCAGUGAAAAGCACUCAAGGAGAAUGCGAAACAGGGACAACGAGGGGCAUGCCCUGGGGAGAGCCCCAAAGGCCACAUAGAGAGAGGUUCGGAGGCCAGAAUUGGCCCCCAGACCUGAGGCUCCCCACCUCCGUGCCAGAGGGAUUCAUUCCAGAAGUCUUGUCACCAUCUGAGAUGCAACCUCUGGGAUGUUUCUCAGAGGAAGGUGAGAGGUGGCGGUCAACUUCUAAAACCAUGGUGGUUAUAUUAUAAAAAAUUGCCCCAGCUGCACUGUGGGCGGCUUCCAACAUAAUAAAAACACAGCAGAACAUCAGACAUAAAAAAACUUCCCGAUACAGGGCCGCCUUCAGAUGUCUUCAGAACUUUGUGCGGUUAUUUAUCUGUUUGGCAUCUGAAGGGAGGGCAGUUCAGAUCGUUUGGCGCCUGGGUGAGCUCCAACUGCCGUGUGCAUUUCCCACGAUUCCUAGCAACUGUGAUGUGUUGGGGCAUUGUGGGACACUAAAAUGGUGGCUCCCACUGACCCAGCUUGCAAGCACUCACUCACUCAGGUUGUGUCACGGGCUAGAGGGGGUGGUGGGAGUGGGCCUUUUCUCAGGUGCUGAGACCUUCUUAGCUUCCCCCAGGUGAUGCCCAACCUUCCCUGAAUCUCUACUACAUCAGCCCACCAACUUCCCAAGGCUGUCCAGGUGUUCCACAGGUUGAGGAGGCAACAAGCUCGAUGACACUUGAAAUUCCUUCAGCUUGAAGAGGGCAGGGGCCCUAUGGCAGUCAUCGGUCCUUCCCUUGGGGAGGGGCAGGGCAGAGGUAUACGGGCUCAUUUGCCAUCUAGCCUUCACUUUGCAUGCAGAAGGUCGCAGGGUCAAUCCCCCUUUGGCACCCCCAUGUAGGACUGAGAGAGAUUCUGUGCUUGAAACCCUGGACUCAGCUGCCACUCAGUAUGGAAAAUACUGAGCAAGAUAGACCAAUAGGUCUGACUCUGUAUGUUAAAGUUGCAGCAGAACUUGUCUAAGUCCAACCGCCUUUACUCCAGCAGUUGGAGUAACUCUGCUCAGUUAAGCUGCACAGUCUUCCUGGUGCCACAGUUAACUGAGGUCUUUCUCCCUGCUUGAAAGCUGCCGGCUUGUGUGCCCAUGGUCCAGGGCAUCCCUCCUAUGGCUCGUAUGCUAAGAUUAGAUGUAGUCCCCUUGCCUGGAUGAAAUCAUACAGAAGUGUAGGGUCAGAAAUCACUCUCGAACAGCCCGUCUAUUGAGUAUCCAUCCUGCUUUUUAUUUGCACAAAGCUUGUGUGGAGGUUAUACAACAUCCAUCAUUCAUUGAGAAACCAUGCUGAUCUGUUUGCCAGGCAAACGAUGCUGAUUCAAGCAGCUGUUAUACCCACUUUCCCAGUGCCUUUCCCCAUCACUUUCCUUCCUGCAAAACAUCCAUUAGUUUGGUUUGGUUUAGAAGCAGGUUUGUUGUGCAAACAUCACCCAAUCCUCUUUUUAUUGGCAUCACCUGAAUUUGCCAGGAUGUGACUGAAUCCCACACCCUGUUAAAUGUGAUGCUCUGGGAGCCACCAGACAGGUAAAUGUCACAGAGUGUCAGAAAACCCGGCUCUCCUCUGUGUCACGUUCUGAGCUAUUCACUGCAAUCGAGCGCUGUUCUUGGGCCCUUUGAACCAUGGGCUGCUCCGGGAGGUUCACCAACACACCCACCCCUGAUUUUGCACUAAAGUUGUCCCUCUGGGUUGCCGUAAUCCACCAAAGUUUAUGAGUCUACCUAGAGCGUCAAUGUCUAACUACUGAAUAAGACUGAGAACGCCUUGGUCCUUGAGAGACAUGGAGUCCUCAGUGCGCUGGUCUUUAUCCCGUUCCCUGCCAGAUUCUCAUGAUUAUUGCUUGUUCUCUCAAGGGCUGUUCUUGCAUUGGGCCAGGCCAGGCCAAGCCAGUCUUACAGAAACUUGGGAUUGCAACAACACCUUAUCAACUAAUCCUUUUUAUAGAAACACUCCCUAGUUGCAAAUUAACGCCUGGGGUUGUAGGCCAUGCUAAUCCCACUCAGAGUAGACCCAUUCAAAAUAAUAACCAUGGAUAGCUUGGGUCUGUUCAUUUCAAUGGGCCUACUUUCUGCAAGAUUUAAUUGGGUGCAACCGCCUCUAUGACCCCAGGUUUUAUCAAGGUCUUACAAGCCAUGCUCCAGCAUUUUGUAUCUGUAUGUGGAACGUAGCAACAAGUCGUUUGUCAUUAAUAUAAUUUUGGUGUAUGUGAGAUAUUUAUGACAGUAGGAAUAGAUAGGUUAAAUGUUGGGUAUUCUCUGCCUUUAGGAAGCUUUUCCUGCUUUCAUUUUUUAAUUAAAGGCAAUCCAACUCCCCAUAAAGUUGAUGUGAACCGCAAGAUUAGCUACUUUUGAGUGGGGUGGGUACGUUCUAGACCUGCAGGAUGUCAUUAGUCUGAAAAUACUUAAACAUGUGAAAUUAUGCCCUUGUUUGGAGCAAUGUCCUUUUUUUUCCUCUUCCAAAUAAGACUUGUGCUUUUAUUGAACAAUAAACCCAAAAUGAAGUUUU